AUGGUGAACAGAGUUUUUGUUUUCCUUCUUCUUGGUUCGGUUUUUUGCAUCGGUGGUGCGAGAAAGCUUGUUGGGUCAGAGGGUUCUUUCGGUGAUCAGAAGAAUUUCUUUCCCGGCCCGGGAUAUGGCGGCGUUGGGGCGGGAGGAGGUGGUGGAUUUGGUGGCGGAGGCGGUGGAGGUGUGUUGGGUGGAGGAUCCGGUGGUGGAUUUGGCGGAGGAGCUGGUGGUGGCAUUGGAGGAGGUGGAGGUGCUGGUUCUGGUUUUGGUGGAGGUGCCGGUGCAGGUGGCGGUCUUGGAGGAGGAGGUGGUCUCGGAGGUGGUGGCGGUCUUGGAGGAGGAGGUGGUCUCGGAGGCGGUGGCGGUCUUGGAGGAGGAGGUGGUCUCGGAGGUGGUGGUGGUGGAGGUCUUGGCGGCGGAGGGUUUGGAGGAGGUGGUGGAGGAGGACUAGGUGGUGGUUCUGGAUUUGGAGGAGGUGCUGGAAGUGGUUUUGGUGGUGGAUCUGGACUUGGAGGGGGUGCUGGUGGAGGAGGAGGAGGAGGUGGAGGUGGAGGUGGCGGUGGCGGUGGAGGUGGGUUGGGUGGAGGAUCCGGUGGUGGAUUUGGCGGAGGAGCUGGUGGUGGGAUUGGAGGAGGUGGAUUUCCUUGAAGCUCUUUAAUUUGUUUGCUAGUUUCUACGUAUAGUAAAAAUCAAACGUUGUCGUUUAAUAAACGUAGUCACUAUAUAUAUUUGCAUGGAGUCAUUUGUUUUACUAUUGGUGUUUAAUUUGUAUUACAAAUUAUAUAUUUAUGAAGACAAUAGCUCUUCAAUAUAUAAUAUUGUGUUGUGUAUUUAAAUUUAUCUAUCACAAUUAAGAUGAUAAAUUGUGUUAUAUGUAGUAUUUCAUUUUCAUAUAUAUUUUCCUUUUCC